GAGAGAGAGAGAAAGGAAGAGAGAGGUAGGUAGACACAGAAGAAGAGGGAGAGAAAGAGAGAGAGAGCUAGAGGUGAGCGGUAAACUAGUGUAACAAAAGUCAACCAUCAAAGGAUACUAUUACAUCAACAGGACAGAGGACUUCUCCAGGAAACCAUGUCCAAGCCGUCAACAAACGUCAAAGCCCUACAGGCUAAUUUGAAUAUCCCAAUGGGAGCUCUGCGUCCGGGGGCGGGACAUCCUGUCAAGAGGAGAGAGGAUACAGUAGACACAGCAGAGCCCCCCCCAGAGCUGGUCGAGGCCACGCCCUCAACGCCAGAAGAGAAGAAGGUGCUGCCGGGCGGAGUGAAACUUCCUGGCCCGACUGUCAACCUAUCAGAGCUUCAGAAUGUGAAGAGUGAACUACGAUACGUCACCAAGGAUUAACACUCAGGGGGGGCGGGGCUUGCAGGGAGGGGGCGGGCCAGGACCCAGACAGCCAGCGCUAAAGAUGCUACUGAAGACCACACACCAAACCAACGGAUGACCAACAACCGUUGAACUGAAACAACAACCGCCGACCGCCUACAGAAUCCCACUGACAGCACCAGGAACGUAACCCUGAGGAAGCUACCACAACCACACACAAGCAACCUCCCCCGACGAAGCUGUGUGCUGCAGCUCACCACCAACCAUCUGACAAUCAAACUACCCCAGUCAUCCACCACAAGAGAUGAACAGAUCUGAACACAGGCAGUUCAAAAAACAGGCUGUCAAUCUCAACAACCGGCUGUUGUCCCAUUGUGAUCACCCAAGGCGUAGUCCUGACUUGCAGCUAAAGUUAUUUUUUUGAAAUCGCUUCAUGUUCUUAUUCAUUCUGGUUAUCUUACGGUCUUCCUACCGUUCAUAUUUAAUAGCAAUAACAGUUAAGAGUUUGUAACCGAAAAUGUGUACAGGAUUGAGACAAAUUAUAAUGCUUUAUGUUUGAAAUAAAUACUUGUGCUCUCAUCAAAA